CCAUUGUUUCACUGAGUACUGACCUUUAGAAUAGGUUCUGAAGGCAACGAUGAAAUUCAUGGAGCCUGGGACUCAUUUUCAGCAAUAGUAUCGUUCUUCUCUCAGAUUACGUCUAUGUGCCUUCAACUCGUGCUCAUCGCUCAAGCUGCGCGCGAAAUCGGUCACCCUUCUUUCGUAGUGAUAUGUAUCCUGAAGCCGCUGUACGAUAGUCUAUCUCAGCAUGGUUUGUGGGGCUACGAAUAUUUCUACCAUGCGGAAAAUAGAGACUUCAAGCGAAUGCAUGCUCUGUGGUCUCUUACCGAUCAGAAAUAUCGCUCAGAGGUCCUUGCUGGUGGACUGUCUGAUUAUAUUGUUGGAGAAUAUACUAAAUCCUCGACGCGUGUUGGUAAUAUUCCAACCUCAUCCCCGGAAGAACAAUAUGGCCAAUGUUCCACGCCAUUUUCGGACAUUCUCUCUGACCUUCUGGGCAAAGCGCCUAUGAUAUAUUUAGCAAUGUCUGUUGUGAUAAAGCCUUCCACAUUCUCUGUGGCGUCAUUCACUGUAUUGCAAUGGUACUCAUCCAACCUUCAAUUUUCGCUGAAGUGGUUCCUUGCGAGCAUCGACAAUUUUCAACAAGAAUGUCGGUGGAUAACCCGUUUUUACGAUUCUAUGAAUAUGCCUACCGAAAUGUCGUAUGACCGCCGUGCAUAUUCCCCUCUGAAAUUUAGAUCGGAGAAACCUGGCUGCCCAGACUCCCUGCAGCGAGGAAUGUCCUUCGACCUUCGAGACGUGUGCUUCUCGUAUCAAAAUAAUACAUCUGCUUUGAAAAACAUUUCGCUCUCUAUCCAGUCCGGACAGCUCGUCGCCAUCGUCGGGACUAACGGGAGCGGAAAAUCCACAUUAAUUAAACUUUUGACUAGGAUGAUUGAACCGACGUCUGGAACGCUUCUUGUCGACGGGCAUCACAUUUCAGACUACAAGCUAGCGGAUUUUCGUCGGUCCACUGCUUGUUUCAUGCAGGACCACCAAAUCUUUCCACUGUCUUUCUGGGAGAAUAUCCGUAUGGGUGACGUCGACAACAUAUACACCGAUAAAGAGAUCAUGAACGCUGUCCGUAAGGGUGGUGCUGGGGGCGUCUUGACCGGAUUGGCCGAAGGAAGUGCCACAAUCUUAAGAAAUGACGAUGGGCCAACCAGUGACUAUCGUCAAUGUAAUUUUGGUCCUUCAGAUGACAAUGAGCCGCAUCCAUUGUUGCCUCAGUGGAAAGAACUGGAGAAAGACGCUAAGGUUUCGGGUGGAGAAAAGCAGCGAAUCGUAGCUGCGAGAACAUUCAUGCGCUUCCACUCCGGAAAGGUCAAUUUUGUAGCGGUAGACGAAGCUAGCUCAGCUCUAGAUGCUGCGGGCGAAGCCCAACUCUUCGAGAACUUGAUCGCGGAAAGAUCAGGGAAAACAAUUGCCAUUGUUACCCACCGGUUCGGUCCCUUGACACGUCGUGCGGAUCUCAUUCUCUGCAUGAAGGAUGGGUGUUUGUCCGAGUCUGGGCGGCACGAUGAGCUACUGGCGCUGAACGGGGAGUAUGCGAGGCUCUACAAUAUACAGGCUGGAGAGUUCACUGAUGUUAUCACUACUGGUUCAAAGGAACUGAUCUGAGAAAUAUGUAACCUACUUGUGUAGGUCUCGCGCUGAAUUCGAUUGCA